UACCCUUAAUGGCCUAAAAUAUAUGGCCGAAAAACGAACCUCCAUUCUAGAAAGAUUAUUUUGGACUUCCACGUUCAUUCUAAGCACGAUUCUCUGUGUUAUGAUGGUGUACAAGUCGUACGUCAAGUAUGACACUAGCGGCGUCGUUGUCACUCUGAAGGAGCAUCUUGUAUCUGUAAACGAGUACCCGUUCCCGGCGGUCACAAUCUGUCCGCAGGCGAGGAUCAGACAAAAAAGAUACAACUAUAUUCGUGCGGGGUUAUUCUCAUUCACCAAUGAUUCAGGAGUUGACCUGAAAAAAUUCCACUCCACAAUGGUUCUGUGUGACAACGACGACGAAAUCAACGCUUCGGAUCCUUAUCCAUUCCUCAACUAUCCUGUCGAUAUCAAAACAUUCUUUGAGGUAGCUCCUAGACAUGAGGAUAUUUUCAUGGAGUGUUCGUGGCGAAACAAAGUUGACUGCUUGAAGAAAUUCCGCCCGACACUCACUGCUGACGGAGUAUGUUACACUUUCAAUAUAUUAGCUACUGAUGACAUCUUCCGCAGAAACAGCAUGUACCAAAAGCGCUACUACUUAAACUCAUCCACUCCCCAGAAAGGCUGGUCAUUAGAUAAAAACUACUACAGCUACUCCAAUGACGCAUUUCCGAGAAGAGGCCGGGCAAAUGGAGCAAGAGAGGACUUAUACUUAUCAUUAAAAGAAGUUUAUCUACACCACCCUGCUGACUUGCCUCAGGCCUCGCUUCACAGUUACGCUGCGCAACCCGGGAAGACCACCUCUUUUGCAAUCAAACUCGAUAUCUUGGAUACCGCUGAUGAACUGCUUUCCAAUUAUGCCGCAGAUAUCCGCCAAUGCUAUUCGCCAAGAGAGCGAUAUUUGCAGUUUUUCCAAAGCUACAGUUCCUUGAACUGUCAGUUAGAAUGUCUCACCAACUACACCAUUAAGAUUUGCGGGUGCGUUAGCUUCUACAUGCCUCGAAAUAGCAGUACACCUAUUUGCUCGGCAGCCAAAUGGAAUUGCACAGAGGAAGCUUUAGAUCGCUACGCUGCUGAAGAAGAUUUAAACGAUAGUGAGAUCAGUAAAUGUGGGUGCCUACCAUCAUGCAAAGACGUUAAUUAUGACGCAGAGACUGUUGUCACGAAACUUGAUCUGGAAGAAUAUGGCAAGAGACAGAAAGAAUUUCAAAGGCUUAUGGAAGAAUUUGAAGACAGUUUUGCUAGUGAUGAAGACUAUGAGACUGAAAAUAAGGAUGAAAAUAGUGAUACUAACAAUACUACUGACAACGAAGGGAAUGAGGAAUCUAGUAAUGACACGAAAGCAGUUAGUCAAUUUACCGAGAUCCGGAUCUACUACAGACACCCCCGGUUCGUGGCGAUGGAACGGUCGGAGCUAGUCGGGCUUUCGCAGUUCCUGGCUGAUAUUCUACUGCAGAUACCACCAGGAAACCCCCGAAAAAGAAUCAGAAAAAUUAAAUGUCUCAAAUGACACAUGACUUACCGAGUAUCAAAAAACCAUUCUUUUAA